UAAUCGUGUAUCGUGAAAAGACGUCUUGUACUCAGAAAGGAAUAUUAAUCCCCACUGUUGUUGUGAUAAAUAUACUGUUACAUUAGGAUUUGUUAGUAAGGCUCUAAAAAUAACCCCUGACGCUUUUAGUGUAGUUAAAGAUGUCUACUCCAGCUAGAAGGCGACUCAUGCGAGAUUUUAAGCGGCUCCAGGAGGAUCCGCCAGCCGGCGUUAGUGGAGCUCCAUCUGAGAACAACAUCAUGGUGUGGAAUGCAGUUAUAUUCGGUCCAGAGGGAACACCUUUUGAAGAUGGUACCUUCAAACUCACAGUUGAGUUCACAGAGGAAUAUCCAAACAAGCCCCCAACUGUGCGGUUUGUCUCAAAGAUGUUUCAUCCAAAUGUGUAUGCUGAUGGCAGUAUCUGCCUAGAUAUUCUUCAGAAUCGUUGGAGUCCAACUUACGAUGUUUCUUCUAUUCUGACAUCAAUUCAGUCACUUCUAGAUGAGCCCAAUCCCAACAGCCCCGCAAACAGCCAGGCAGCACAACUGUAUCAAGAAAAUAAACGAGAAUAUGAGAAACGGGUGUCAGCCAUUGUAGAGCAGAGCUGGAGGGACAGUUGACCACAUUCACAAAACCAUGUUCUCACUGAAGCUUUGUUUUCCUUUUGUUUGGCUCUGUUGUUGGAGGAUAGGUUAUCUAAUCUCCAUUUUUAAGUUUUUAUGCACUUUAUUCAUGCAAGAUUGUGAUUUUUUUUUUUUUUUUUUUUUUUUUUUUUCUUUCGUUUUAUUUCUCUCCCACAUUUUUGCCUGGGCUGAUUUUCAGCUCACAUUAAGAUCGCUGAGAGGGGAAAUACCCCCGGUGUAUAAGGCUUGACUAAUUUUGCAUCCGGCAUGAUAAUGCAGUAAUUGUCCAUUUUUACAAAAUGCAUUUGCAAAAAAAACAUAUUAUGGAUGAUUCAAUCAAGGUGUUCUAAUCUGGUUACAUAUGAUACAUUAAUAGACUUUAAUCUAAGUCAUAGUAAUGUUGAUGAAAAUGUUCUUGGUGCUUCAUUGUCAAUUUUAAUAUCAUGCCGUUAAAAGUGUCCUUUUAAUUUGUUUUGCUUCCAUUUUUUUCCUGGAUUCGUUAUGCUGAUUUAGUCACGACUCUUCUUGGCUCUGCCAGAGGAUGGUUGGCAUGUUACCACAAGAGUGGUAAGAAUCUCUAGUACGCACUGAAAACACAUUCAAUGUUGGCAGACAGAUGUGAGGGUUUAUAUAAAUGGUCGAAAUAUGUUGACACAAAAUGGCAAUAUGUGUGGAGUAUAAUAUAUAUAUAUAUUUACUAGUUGAAAAAAAAAAGAGAUUUUGCUGGAAUUACUCAAAUGUCACAAAUAUCCUUUAAAAUACUAUUGAGAUUUACAUUAAUUGCAGUUAUUUACUGUUCAUGGCUUGCAUCACAAGUCCAAUCAAUCAAGUCAAAUAAUGUCUUCAGGUCUUUUUCCAAACCCAUGUAUUCCCUGUUACAUGCAUGAAUGGCCGAGCGUGUCCUUUCCUCUACUAAUCUUGUAUAUACAAAAUUUUGUGUACAGAUUUUGCACUGGUUGGCAGUCUCAUUUUCCAGCACUUGUAAAUAGGCUACUUGAAUAAAAGGCGAAACUAC